AUGAGUACGGUCAACGCGCCCACCACGCCGGCGGGCACCCACGUCGCACUAGCCAAGCGUGACUGGUACCACACGACCAUGUUUAAUGUCACAGUUGUUGCCGUCUGUGCCUUCAUCGCCCCAGGGCUAUGGGCUGCCAUGAACGGCCUGGGCGGUGCUGGUGCCGCGGACCCGCACUAUGUCAAUGCCGCCAACUCGGUCAUUUUCUGCCUGCAGCUUCUGAUCUGCAUCUUCGGCAGUACCCUCAUUGCAAAGAUGGGGCUCCGGUGGGCAUUUGCGUUGGGCAUGGCUGGCUUCCCGGUGUACGCGGCGAGUAUUUACUGCAAUGUUAAGUACGGCAACACCUGGUUCAUGAUGGUGGCUUGUGCCAUUGACGGUGUUACCUCCGGAAUCUUCUGGCUCACAGAGGGCGCCAUUGUCUUGGCUUAUCCGGAGAAGCAUCGCCGAGGAAAAUAUUUGGCCUACUGGCUGGCGAGUCGAAUCGUCGGCCAGAUGAUCGGUGGUUUCGUCACUCUCGGACUCAACGCUCACCGGAAGGAGGUGGGCGCCAUCAGCGUCAACACAUAUCUCGUCUUCAUCUCAAUUCAGACACUUGGUCCGUUCAUCGCGAGCCUUCUUUCCCCGCCGCAUAAGGUUCAGAGGUCCAAUGGAGUCCCUGUCGUCAUCAACUUGCCGCAGAACAUCAAGGAGGAACUCGCCAUCAUGUGGAGGCUGAUGUGCCGCAAAGAAAUUCUCCUCUUGCUCCCCAUGGUUUUCCAGAGCGUCUACUCCGAGGCAUUCUUUUCGACGUACAAUGCCACAUACUUCACCGUGCGUUCGCGCGCCUUGGCUUCCCUGGUUGCCAGCAGCUGCGUCGUCGUCUGCAACUUCUUGUUGGGCUUCUUCCUGGAUUGGCGCAAACCCACUCUGAACGCCCGUGCGGUUGGCGCCUUCGUCUUCAUUUAUGUUUUCGAAACAGCCCUCUACAUUUACGCCAUGGUCAUGACAAAGAAUUUUGACUGGACCGACGAAGGCUUUGGGCAAGGCGUCUGCCUCUACAUUUUCAUGCUUGUGGGCUUCAAUCUCAUGUACGACUACUUGUAUUGGCUGAUGGGCACACUAAACCGCGACGGGGCGGACAUCAUCCGUCUUAGUGCUGUCAUUCGAGGAGUCGAAAGUGCAGGCCAAGCAAUCUCAUACGGCGUCAAUUCGAUCGCACAGGAUACCUUCCCUCUCUCUGGUGCUGCCGCCGUCAGCAUGUCCUUCUUCCUCGCCUGCAUCAUUCCUUCCGCGUUCGUCGUAUUCAAGAUUGGCAUCGUGGACGGCGUCAAGGUUCAUGAGAUUAUUCAGGACGAGGAGAUGCCCGUGGCCGAGACGUGUCCAAUGGCAGAGAAGCCAGACGCAAGCCAGGAUCGUUCGGAUCCCGAUACCAAGGUGGUUGAGUAG